AUGCAGGAUAUCAAUUAGCCUGAAACAUCAAGAAGUAGAAGUACUCAUAGACAUUAAAAUAAUCUUGAAACUUAUCAAUAAAGUAUUGAAUAGUUUACUAAAUCAGGAUUAAAAAUACUGGAAGAAGGAAAAAUAGAAGAGGCAAUUCACCUUUUUGAAAAGUAAAGUAGACUAAUUUACAAUUAGAGAACUGAAUUCUAAAGCUAUGAGAUGAAUGGAGAAUAUGAGUGGUAUAAAUUAUUGAUGAUGUGUAAAGUAAAUAUUAGUGUGGCUUUAAAAAUGAAUUAGGAAAUAGGAUAAAGUUUAUCUGUUUUACUUGAUGUUUACAACUUAAUUUCAAAUGUGAAGAUUGAUUAUAUUUUUAUAGAAUAAUAUUUCAUGUAAGAUUUCAAAAGCUCAUACGAUAUUUUACUUUUCUAAAUAUGCGAGGCCUUUAUUUGCUUAAAUUAGAUUGACAAUUAUGAAAAAUUUGCAUUAAAGUGUAUUUUUUAUUUAGAAAACAUUUUUACCGAGCUUCUAGAAAAAGUUAAUGGGUAUAUGAUGCUUGAAAAGAAUAAUGGAUAAAAUUAAUCUGAAAAAACGAGCAACAAUAAUAUUUUUUUAAGUUCGAAUCUAGCUUCAUUAAAUGAAAAUUUCAAUUAAAAUUCUAUGUAUAUUAAUCUAAAACAUAAAAAGACAACUUAAAUAAAAGAAAUAGAAUAAUUGUUUGAGAAGAAAAUCAUAAUUUUGUAAAAAGUUUGUGAAUAUUUGGGCAAUUUAUAUUUAAGAAAGCCAAAAUUGAAAGAAGCAGCUAUUGCUUUUAAAAAGAGUUUAUCGUUGGCAUAGCAUGCUAAAAAUAAUGUAGAAAUAGAAAGAUAUUAAAAAAUUAUUUCAGACAUUGAAAAAGAUUAACUUGAAAGCAAAAAUAAAAUGAAAAGUCUUGUUAGUAAUAAUAUGAUAAUGUAAAGUAUUAUUCUUUAAAACGAUUGCUCAAUUACCUCUAUUGAGGAUCAUAAAGAAAAUAAUUUUAUUAAAUUGGAAUAAUCAUUUUCACAAAAUUCUUCUCCUAUAAUUAGAAGAGGUGUAGACUAAAUCGGUAAGGAAUUAUCUAAAAAUAUAUUAAAACUUGACAGUUUUAAUUAAUAAAAAGAUUAAACAAGUAGAUUAGAUAAUUCAAUUGAUUUAAAAUAACAAGAAUCAAAAUUAACUAAAAAUAAAACCCAUAAUUUAGAUGAAAAUGUAGAAAAAAAUUAACACUUAGAAGCUUUUCAUUUAAUAAAUGAUAAUGUUAAUAAAUAGAAUAUAAAUAAUUUAGAAGAAUAAAAAAAAAAUAGUGAUGGUGAUGAAAUAUUUAAAAACCAAAACAUUAAUUAGGAUAGGCUAAGUUAAUAAGUUUUGAAUGAUAAUAAGAAUUAAAAUAUGACUUUUUCACAGUAGAAAUUUAAUAAUAUUCUCUCUCCAAUUAAUUCUUAGGCGCAAAAUAGCAAUUCUAGAUGCACUUUCCAAAAUUUACUCCAUAAUUCGAAUAACGAUAUUCGCUCAGUACGAAAAAGUUCAAUUACCAUCACACCUUAGUAAAAUAAUGAAAUCUUUUUUUCUAACAACUAACAGCCGAUAAUAGUUAUUAAAUAGUAAAGACCAAGUAGUGUGGUUUUCUAAGAUAAAAAAUAAAAUUUAAAUUAAUAAAGUUAAGAUUUUUCAAAAGGGAAAAGACAGACGUUCCAUAAUGAAAGCAGCAGGAUUAAAAGUUUAAGCCAAUCAAAGGAUAUCAAUAGACCAUCUUCUUCUAUAAAAUCUUCUUUUGUCAACAAUUUAUUUUGUGAUCCAAGAUUUAUUAAAAAAAUAUAAUAGUCAAGUAAAGAAAAAUAUGAAAAUUAAAUUUAAUAAGAAUUUAUUAUGAUCAAAAGUAAAUCUUAAAGCAAAAUACCUUCAAUAAACUAUUAAAAUUAAAAUUAAAUUAUAAAAAAUUAUCUAAAAACUGAAACAAAUGAGAGUGAAAAAAUUACAAACUAUGAUUCAACUGAGAGGUUAAAAACUCUAAAAACACAAUAAAAUUAUGAUAAAUAUAAUUCACAACUUAAUAACAAAUUAUAUAAUUUAUAAUCACCAACAAAUAAUUUUUUGAGAAAAAGCUCAUCUUAAGUUAAAAAUUAAAAUGCAUUUAUGAAAAAUAAAAACCAAUUUUCAUUUUAAGUUUUAGGUGCUCGAGAUAUUAAAUCAGAAAGCGAAAAUAAAAUUAAAAAUAGAUAAAAUAAUAAAAUAAAUUAAAAAAAAUAAAACUCAUAACAAAUUUAAAUUACAGUUUUUGAUACAACUUCUAUAAUUAACGAUACAGCUUCUAAUUCUAAAACCGUUUAUCCUACUAGAUAUAAUACACUACUACAUCAUCAAAGAGUAGAAUCUAGUGUAUUUUAAAAAAAUUAGAUUUGUAAAAAUGAAAUAUAAUUUAUACAGCCAAGAGAAAAUGAAAAAAUAUAGUCUUCAAGAAAUUAAAACUCUUAAGAAUAGUAAAGAGAAUAGAAAACUGAUUUCACAAAACUGUUACUGGAUACAGAUUUAAUAAAUUAAGAAACUAGUGUUUAAUCAUAUCAAAAAUUAAAAAGCGAAGAUAAUGAAAAAUAAUAAUAGAAUUUUUUGUAAAUAAAAAAUUAAAGUAAAAAUCAGAAUGCAGAAUCAAAUGAAUUAUAAUAGGAGAAGUUUUAAAUUUAAAGAGAAAAAAGUUAAAAAUCCUAUAUAGAUGAUGAAUUUUUUAUAUAAAAUGAUAUUUAAAAUAAUUAAUAAAAACCAUAAAAAUUAAAUUCAACUAAUUAAAAGAAUUAUUUAUCAGAAAAUACUAUUGGUGAAGAUGCAUUUCUAAAGCAAAAUGAUUUAUUUUAAAAAACAAUAUAUAAUGAUGAAAUUGAGAAGCUAAAAAUUAAUAAUAAAAGCCUAAAUCCAAAAGAUUAUUGUAAUGUAAAAACAGUGGAGACAAUUCCAAAAAAUAAUUUAUUAUAAAAAUAGCAAAGUUAAACAAGAAUUUAGCUUGAAAAAUAGCAUUCUGGAAAAGAUGUUACUAGGUUACAAACAUCCAGUGCAAACAGCUCUCCUACUAGCAGCCUUAUAAAAAUGGCUCACAAUUUCAUGCUAUCUUCAUUAAAUAGUUCAAAUUUGCCGAACGAAAAACUGAUUACAGAAGAUAGAAUUAUUGGAGAUGACAUUCAUUCUUAAAUUAAAUUAGAAAAGUAAGAAUCAAUAUAAAUAGAUAAAUCUUUAGAAGUAAUCAGAGUUAAAUAAAAUUCAAUGCAGGUACGAACAUCCUCAAAAUCAUUUUAAGAAGGUUAAAUUAAAGCUUAAUUGGAAAAAUAUAAAAAACUUCGUUAAGUUGAUGAAAAUAUCUCAAAUAAAAAAUAGGAAUAAAAGAAUUAAAAAACAAGCCUAAAAAAUUUAGCAUGCCAACUUAUGGAUAUGAAAGGUAUGAUCCCUUCCACUACUCAUCAAAAUUAAUCUACUAAUUAAUUAUUCAGUCUUAAAGUUCAAUAAGAUAAUGUUUUGUUGAAGCGUCCACGCUCAUAAAACAGAAACAAUAAUUAAAUUUAAGCUUAAAUAAUUGAAAUUAACAGCAAAUAAAUUAAUACUAAAAGUUAAGAUUAAAAUAAAUAGUAAGAAUAACAAUAACAUUCUGAUUAAGUGGAAAUAAGAAGAAAGGCAAGAAAAAGUUCUAUAUUUAGAAUAUAAUGGGAAAUUGAAUAAUAGCAUGAUAAUUAAAAGGAAGAGUAUUAAAAUCUUAACAUAAGAAGUAAAUCUAAGUCUAUGGGUAAAAAAAAAUCUAUUAUUGUAACAGAUUAAAAUAAUUAAAUAGCUUUAAACCUUAGUAGGAAAAGCAUAAUAAGUUCAAAAACUCAAAAUGAUGAUUAAAUUUUAAAGCUAUAAACAUAAGAGUAAUCUAGCCUAAAAUAAUCCAUAAUACCUAAAAGUUAGAACAUCAGCUAGAAUUUAAAUUAAAAAUUAGGGAAUUCUAUUUCAGAUUCUAAAAGGCUUCUUUGGAGAUCAAUGACAAGAUAAAUUAUGAAUGAUUAAAACACUCUUACACAAAAAAAGAAAGAUUCUUAAUUUUAAAAUUAAAAAGUUGAAGUGAACUCACCCUAGUUCAAACAUGGCUUUUAAUAUUCAUUUUGCAAUUAAGCAACUGGAAAUUUAAACGAUCAUUCUUAAAUGUAAAUAAGUUAAUAUUAAUUUGAUAGAAAAAGCUCUGCAGAUAGUGAUAAGAAAUCUCAAAAUAAAAUUGAAGAGUAAGACUAAAUUUCAUAGCAAUAUAUACCUCAGUUAAAAUAAAAGAUAGGUAGUGUUUCUAAUUUUGUCAAUAAUAAACUGCAAAAAAAUUAUCAAAAUAGUUCACUUCUUUCUCCAUGCAUUAAGAAUUAUCAAAAGAAAAAUACUAUGCUCAGUUCUUAAAGUUCUCACAGAUCAGUUUAAAAAAAGUAGACAGAAGACGAUCAUUCUACAAGUCUUUAAAUAAUUUAAACUAAAUCCUAUAAAGAAAAUAGCAAUAAUGUUGAUUUGUUUGAUGAAGUAAAUAAGUUUAUUAUUUACGACAGAGCAGCAAGAAUCAUAUAAACUUUUGUAAAGAUAAAGUUGUUAAGUAAAAAUUAGCUUAAAUAGAGCAUAUUCAGAAAAAAUAAAAGACAAAAUACACAAACUGGAAUUAUGAAAUUCAAAAUUUCAGAUUUAAACAAAGCAACUUCCAACCAGCUACUCAUAUCAGUUUCUCAGAAAUCAUAAAUUGAUAAUAGCAAUAAAAUAAGUAAUGGUUUUAGGUAAGUCGAAUCAAAUUAGUCAUUAGAUUAAAAUAGUAGUUAAGAUAUUGAAUUACAAGAAAAACAAAUAAAUUCUAACAAUACAUUUUAAAACUCUGAAAGAUUUUAUCAAAACUCUCCUAAACUUCUAGCUAGCUAAUCUUAGAAUGCAAAAAAUAUUCUCAGUUCUGAAAGAGUUUUUUAAAAAGAUAAUUUUAUUUAGCUAGUUUAGAAAUUGCCAUUUAUUCCAAUUAGCUUUUAUAGACCAUUAAAAUUCGAACAUCUUUCACUCUGGAAAUUGAAAGAAUUACAUUAAAAUAUCAGGUUAUGCUUAUUAGUGCCAUAAAUUAAAUUAAUUGGAGAAACAUUAGUUUUAUGUACUAAUUAAGAUUAUAUUGAUAAAAUAUAAAUAACAAAAUAGAAUUUGCAAAUCUUCAAAUUAUACAAGAUUGCUAGAUAUUAAUAGAGAAGAAAAGUUGUCUGCUCUUAAACUCCUUAAUAUGUUAAAAAGAGUUACACAGCUACAGCUGCAUUUUAAUAUAAAAACGCUUCCACUUAUGAAGAACUGAGCUAUUUACCUAAAAUUAAAGGCAUAUAAAGAAAGUAAAGCUUGUUCUUCUAAAAAGAUUUGGAAUAAAAAGAAAAGCAAUCUUACUUAGAGUUUUAGUAGUUUCAUAAUUCUUAAAAUGCUAAACAAACUUUAUUGAUUGAUAAAGAAUCAGAACAUUCACCAACUGUUACAAUAAAUAAUAUGCAGUCUAGUAUGAAUUCAAAAGCUAGCUUGAGUCUCCAUGCACUUUCAAGGAAAGAGAUGAUAAGUUUAAAUAUGGAAUCUUAGUAAAGUAAAAAAAGGGAUACAAAUAAAACUGAAAAAUUAAAAAAUAAGGUUGACUCUCCUUAAAAAGCUAUUAGUUCCUUUACUUUAAAAAAGACAGAUUCUCAAGUUAUAAAUAGCUAGUAAUAGCAAAGCUAAAAUGAAAAAGAUGCAGAUUAAUACAAAAAGAAAAAUAAUUCAAUUUAAAAUGAUUAAAAUUUUGAUUUUAUUAGAAUUAAAUCAGCUUCAUUGUUCAAUAAAUUUUAAUCUAAGACAGAAUAAAAUAGUAAAAGCAUUUCAUAUUUAUCUUUUAAUCCAAAUUAUAAUAUGAGUAGUUAAAGUUACCUUAUAAAGCAAAAUAAUAAAUUGGAUCUCAUUGAAUAAAAAAAUGAUAUAAAUGCAUAAAUAUUAACUAAAGACUUUAAUAAUAAUUCAAGUCAGAAUUUAAACAUUAAAGAAUAAAUUCAUUCAGAGUAAUCAGAAAAAUAUUAAAUAAAUAGUUAACAUAUUCCAGCUUUAUCAAAUUAAUCUCAGUCAGAUAAAUAAACAAACUCUAUUCUUUUAUCAAAAGUUUUUGAAAAUCAGCUUGAUUUUGAAAAUUAAACUCAAAAACAACCUACUAAAGAGAUAGAAGAGUAGUAAGAUUAAAUUGACACUCUUACAAAAUAUGGUGAAGAUUCAAUUAAUUUAAGUAAGCCACUCCUAAGCAGUGGGAACUCAUUUAAUAUUUUUAAAAAUGCAUAAAAAAAUCAAAUGAGACAGAAAAAAUAAGACUGGAAAGAAUAUUUUGAAGAUUACGUAGUUAAUGGCGAUUAUUAAUAAGUAAGAUACAAUCAGAUCAAAUCAACUGCGAAUCCUUUUUUAAACAACUAAAUAUUAUUCAAAGGAAUUCUCAAAUACUAAAAAAAUUAUCUUUUAUGCCAAAUUAUUUAUAAUUAUGAUGAGUAUUUCAUGGGAAAGUAUUUCACAAAAAUGAUUGCUAAUAAUAAUUCCAGAUUUAUUAUUAAAUUUAAUGAGAUCAUUCGUAAGAGAAAUAAUAAUUGGUAGAGCUAGCUGGUUCUUUCUUUUAAAACCUUUAUUAGGUGGUUCUUAAAUAAUAAUAUAAAAAACUUUUAGUAUUAGAAUUUUAGAGAUUGCUUUGGAUUCAACAAAAGUUAAUUAGAUUAAAUUAGGAAAAAUGUAAAACGACUCAUUUAUUUUGAAUAGUCAGAAGCAAAAAUUUUAUAUUUCUAGUAAAAUAUUUAUGAACAAACGCUAGAUAAAAAGAAGGAAAAAUAUUUGCAAAAUAAAAAUGUAAAUUAUACUUCGAUAUAAAGCAUGAUGUAUGCUGUAGCAUUUGAUAAUUCUUUGCAAGAUUUGAUGAGUAUCAUCAACAUAAAAAAUCCUGAAGAAGACAUAAAAGCUAAUCUUAAUAUUAUGAAGAGUUCUACAUUCAUGCAAGAAAAGCGAAAUAUGAGACUAAAUAAAAGAAUCUAGCAAAUUAAACAAAACUCCAAUAUAGAAUACCAUCUUAAGUUAAUCAAUUCUAAAAAGAAAAUGAAAAACCAUGCAGAAAAAAAAGUCACUGUUGUAAAAGAGUAGUUUGAAUAAGCAUAUAGGGAAUAUCACUUAAGAUAUUAAGAACAUCAGUUUGACUCUUAGUUAAUGAAUAGUAAAUAUUUUUAAAUAUUAAGAGGCUACAACACUCUUUAUACGCAGUAAGGAAACAAAUAUAUCUACUUAGAAACCUAAGAUUGCUAUUUUAAAUUUAAAAAAUUUGAAUUAAUACUUUCUGAAAAGCUAGAUAUCCUAUAAGAAGAAAGGCUAGUUAUGUUUGCUACUUUUAAAAAUAUAUAAAAGUAAAAUAAAAAAUAUAUCAUGACAUUCAAACAUCCAUACAUAAUAGAUAAAAUAUUAAAUAGUAUAUUAUUUAAAUCGGAGUUUAACGACUUUUAGCACAAAUACAUUUAAAAUUUUCUAAUGUAAAAGUUGUUUUAAAAAACAAGAGAAAUUAAUGGUAUUUAGUAAAAGGUGUUAUCUUUUUAUAAAAAAUCACUUCCAUAAGAUUCUUAGCCCUCAACUUUUAUAGAAAUAUUUAACUAAAAAACUGUGGAAUUACUUACUUCUUUUACUUAUGUGAAUAGAUUAUAAAUUGAUUUUAAUGCAAAAGAAACAUAAGAAGGGUUAAAAUUAUUAUCAAACCAUUUAAAUUUGAUGCUAAUUAACUAGCACAUUAACUCAGUUUCAGAAAACAUCAAAAAAGUUUAUUUUGAAACCAUUUAGACAUAGUUUUUUUUUAAAAUAUAAAAUUAAAAAUAUAUUGUGGAAUCGACUUUGUUCCACUCAAGAAAUAAUCUCAAUAUUAUGCCAAUUUUCUAUAUUUUACUUAAAAUCUCGUAUUUUAAAAAAUAAAAAACUGUAUCAUACAAAUUACUCUUAAGCUAAGGAGAUAUUGAAGUGAUAUUUAAAAGCUAAGUUAAUCACGACAACAUUUUCAGUGCUAACCAGCUUCUUUAAAUCAGUUUAACAAUUAUGAAAAAAGUAUAAAAAAUCCCUUAUGAGCAUUACAGUAAAUUCAUAUUACCUUUAAAAUCCUUUUAUCCAUUCAACAAUUAUCUUAAGAGGCUAAUCUUAAUAAAUUCUUUUUCUGAAGAAAAAAAUUUUUAAAUGGGCAGUAAGUUUUCUCUUAGUCCUCUUAGCGCUAUGAAGGUUGAAAUGAACUAUAUGAAAGUAAUUUAUAAAGGUGUUAGCAAAAUAUAGGGCCAAUUUUGCAUUUUAACUAUUAAGCAAUACUAAUACUUAGAUUACUAUUAAAUUCAAAUAUAUUUUCCAAUAUCAGCAAGAAAAUACUCUACUUUCAUAUACGAAUAGAAUAUAAGACAAUUUACUAUUGAAUUUAUUUACAAGAUUCUCAAAUAUCCUAGUGAAAUAAAUAGCUUACAAUACAAAAACUACAAAGAAUUUGAAGAAGCUAUAAAUGAAAACUAGCUUUCUUAAUCAUUUAAUUAGGAAGAAGGAGGAGAGAUCGACCCAAGACUUUUUUGUCAAUUAGUUAAUCCAGCUUUAUAAAAAGACAAUUAAAUGCUUUAUUAUAUGUGGAAUUAAAUAGCUCAAUAAAUAAAAGUGAAAAAAAAUUUAUAAAAUAUACAAAUAUUCUAAAUGGAUAACUACUAUAGCGUUCUUCAUGAGCAAAUCUUUGAUAGAGUUAUUAGAGUUCAUAAUAACGAUAGCAUUCUUUUUGAAGUCUUUUUAGAAAAUUUAAAUAAAAAAAAUUCGAAUAAAAUAUCAGAUCCUUUUAAAAAUAUUCAUUAUUCGAAUACUGGAGAGUAUGUGCUAUUCAUAAAAAUUAAUUUCUUCAAUAAAGUAAAUUAAUACAAUGAGAAGAUCAAUCUCCAAAAUACUCUUUACACUUAUUACACAGAAAAUUUGAAUAUUCUUUUGGAAGAUCUCAAACUUCUGCAUAAAAAAAAUAAAUCCAAGCUUCAGUAUAAAAUAUAAAAUCAAUAAGACACUUCAGAAAGUUAAAAUGUAACUGGUAAUCAUAAUGAUGAGCCUAUUCUAGAAAAAGAAAAGGAUACCUACUACAUCAAAUACCAAGGUAAUCACCAAAAUCUCAAAGAUAAAUACUCAAUUGAUGAAAUUCUUAAUUCUUUGGAAAUAACUCAAUCAAAAAUUUUUGAUGCUAUAACUUACAUUUCAGAAAAGAUUUAAAGUAAUUACUAAAUACUUUUUAUGUAAGAUCAUAUGCAAUUCUCAUAGAAAAAACAAUCAAAUCAAAUGAUUCACAGUUUAAUAUCAAAGUCAAUAAGCUACAAUUCUAUCAGUAAAAUAACUCCUCAUAACAAACCAGUAAAUCUUAUUGUAAGAAACAAGCCAUCUUUCUUGUAAGAAAAUGAAAACUUUUUAAAUGAAAUUCCAAAUAUGAAUAACUCUAUUUUUACACCUGUUUCACUCAACAUAAAUUCUCAAUAAUAAAUUUACCAUAAUCAACAUUAAGUAAAUACACCUGUAUCAUAAAAAGAUGUCCUACUAAAAACAUUAAAUUUGAACUUGAAUUCAUAUUUAAACUAGAAUUUAAAAGAUAAUAGUUUAGUUAUUGACGAUAAAUAUAGUCCAAUUAAUUAUAAUCCAAAAGAAAAAAAUUUAACAAAAUAACAAGAAAACUAAAUAAGUAUUCCUUUAGUAUUUACAUUAAAUUAAGCUGAUAACGAGUAAAAUUAUCAAAAUAUACUCACAUAAAAGCAGAAAGAUAAUUCUAAUUAACCAUAUUAUGCUGCUUCAGUCAACAACACAUCAUUUCUUAGCAAUAAAUAAAUUAACUAAUCAGGAGACGAUUUCAGUUAAAAUCUAAUUACAUUCUAACAAAAUUAAAAGACUGCAGGAGGAAUCCACUCAAAAUAUAAAACUAGAAACCCAUAAAUAAAAAAUAUUUAAGAAAGCAACCAGAUUUAUCAAUAAAAUAAUUCUUAACCUAAAAAUGAUUAGUUAGCUUUUGAUAAUUAAAACCACGAAAAUAAAGAUAAUAUCCAAAUCUAUAGCAAUAACUUAAAAGUAAUUGAAACGAAUUUAAUUAAGAGAGAUAAGAGACAGAAACCUAGAAUCAAAACGAAUUCAAAUCUAAAUAUGGGAAUAGUAGAAAACUCUCUUGCUAAAAACUACAUCAUACUUUACAGAAAAUUAUUAACUUUCAAGCCAUAAAUUUUCUUAUCAAUCAUAUUUAAUGAAAAAUAUCAAAAAAUUAUAUUUUCUACUUAAAAUUUAGAAAAUUGUUAGGAAUUUAAUAAGUCGUACGACUUAUAUCAAAUUGAAUAUUUAAUUCCUUAUGCUAGUAAAAUGAUAGAAAAUUCGUUAUUUAAGGAAGUUGGAGAACGACUCUACUUAGCAUAUAAAAAUAGAAUUAUUGUUUCAUUAAAUACUUCAUAGCUUUGA